UCUCUACAAACUUCUGUGUGGAAGACACAAUAAUCGCGUGAGGGUGCCCGGCACUGUACUUUAAAUUGAGCUGAGCAGUUCAUUGAUCUUAAAGACACAAUUUUUAAGACAUUAUUCUCGGAAGUGGGGACAUCAUGUUGCCCCGUUGGAGUCGGGGGUUUUCUCUGAUCGUAUUAGUCGUAUAUUUGAAGGGUUCGCUCGUUAAUGUCGCAGUCUCUCGGGAGUUGAGUGGCAACGUGGAUGAAGCACGGAGGUUCUUGGAAUAUUAUGACAAUCUGGCGGCCCAUACUUGGCCAGGAGUUGUACAAAAGAUGUGGAAUUUCAACUACAACAUCACAGAGUCUACACGAAGUGAAAUGAUUGAAGCUAGACUCGUGUAUUCUGAAUUCAGUAAGCAAGGAAGAGACAACGCGUCGAGGUUUAACAUGACAGACUUCCCGCCUGACAUCAAACGUCAACUCACAAAGAUCAUGGUUAAUGUUGGCGAGAAUGCAUUCAGGAAUAUAACCAAGUUAGAAGAGCUGAAAAGUGUUAAGAGUCAAAUGAAGUCUCGAUAUUCUCAGGCGAAGUCAUGCAAAUCAAAUGAGAACUCGACCGAAGCAUGUAUGCCGUUUGUGCCAGAUGCAGAGAAUCUAAUGGCAGAGAGUCGCAAUUAUACAGAGCUCUUGUAUUUAUGGGUAAGCUGGCGAGAAGCCACUGGCCCAGGUGCUCAGCCAACAUUCCAGAGAUAUGUUCAACUAAGCAAUAUGGCUGCACAUGACAACGACCAACCCGACAAGGGAGCGAUGUGGCGAUCAUGGUACGAGGUUGAUGACCUCGAAACCCAGGUGGAUAACAUCUACGACCAGUUGCGACCCCUGUACACAAACCUACAUGCCUACAUCCGCCGAAAGUUGUAUAAGAUUUACGGUCCGGAGUUUGUUAAUCUCCGCGGCCCAAUACCGGCACAUCUACUAGGGGAUAUGUGGAGCAGCAAAUGGUCCAAUCUGAUAGACAUUGCAAAACCUUUCCCUGAGAAACAGGCAACAGACAUCACACCAGCUCUUCGUGCUCAGAAUUACACUGUUGGUCGUAUGUUUGAAGUUGCCAAUGAGUUCUACACGUCCAUGGGUCUCCUGCCUGUUCCUGAGCAAUUCUAUAAUAAAUCUCGUUUGACAAGCCCCGAAGAUGGACGGUCGGUCGUGUGUCAUGCAAUGGCUUGGGAGUUCUACAAUAAACAGGAUUUUCGGGUAAGCAUGUGUGGUGACGUAAACAUGGCUGACUUUAUUACCGCACAUCACGAGCUGGGCCAUGUACAGUACUUUGUGCAGUACCGUAAUCAGCCAAUCGUGUACCGUCUAUCGGCAUGUCCAGCAUUCGGUGAGGCCAUAGGGGACGUUGUGGCCAUGUCUGCCUUCUCUCCCAAUAAUCUCUAUAGAAUCGGUCUCAUCGAUGAGAUAAACGAAGACAAAGAAGCUGAUUUAAAUUUUCUAAUGACCAUGGCCCUAGAUAAAAUAGCCUUUUUGCCAUUUGCAAUCCUCGUGGACAAGUGGCGGUGGGGUGUUUUCAAUGGCUCCAUACCCCUUGAAAAAUACAACACAAAGUGGUGGGAAUUAAGGAAUCAAUUUCAGGGCAUUGCUCCACCCAUACAGAGAAAUGAGACACAUUUUGAUCCUGUUUCUAUUUACCAUGUCAGUGCUGAUGUCAGCUAUGUUAGGUAUUUUUUAUCCUACAUCGUACAGUUUCAACUUCACGAGGGUUUGUGUCGCCAUGCUGGUCACGUUGGUCCUUUGCACCAAUGUAAUAUGUACAACUCAACAGCAGCGGGACAAGUAUUUGGCCAAAUGCUUGGGAUGGGCAUCAGCCAACCCUGGCCCGAAGCAAUGUUUGUUGUGACCGGCCAGAGACACUUUGACGCGGGCCCGAUCGCCGACUACUUCCGACCACUCACCGAGUGGAUUACGGAACAGAACCGUCAAAAUGGCGAUGAGCCCGGCUGGCCAGACAGUGAUUGGAUACCUCCCCUUCCCAAAGAUUGGAAGUCUGGAGACCCAUCUUCGAGGAGUUGUUUGAAUAAAUAUUCAGCUGUGAGCUUAUGCACCAGUCUAGCUCUUACAUUUCUUUGCCUCUGUUUGCAGUCGCAAAAAUAAGCUGAAAAUACAAGGUUUUUAUU